UCAGGAGCCUUUGAGGAGGGACUUUGUCAAAAGCCUUUUGGAAGUCCAAGUAAACAAUGUCUGCUGGAUCACCCCUGUCUACAUACUUAUUAACACUUUUAAAGAACUCCAACAGGCAAGACUGCUGCUUUGGCUUAUGAAUCAUGCUGCUUCUGUCUCUAGCGGUACUCUUGCUUUCAGCUCUGGCUUCUGCAGUGGAAGUGAAGCGUCCACGAGGUGUCUCCCUAACAAACCAUCACUUCUAUGAUGAAUCAAAACCAUUCACUUGUCUAGAUGGCUCUGCAAUGAUAGCUUUUGACAGAGUCAAUGAUGAUUACUGUGACUGCAAAGAUGGCUCAGAUGAGCCAGGGACUGCUGCAUGCCCCAAUGGGCGCUUCCACUGCUCCAAUGCUGGCUACCGUCCUCAGUAUAUCCCCUCCUCUCGCGUCAAUGAUGGCAUUUGCGACUGCUGUGAUGCAACCGAUGAGUACAACAGUGGCAUUGUGUGUGAAAACACCUGCAAAGAGAUGGGACGAAAGGAGCGGGAAGAACUAAAGCAGAAGGCUGAGGUGGCCAGGGAGGGCUUUGAAAUCAAGAAGACCCUGAUGGAAGAAGCAAGUAAGAGAAAAGAAGAGAAGCAGAAAAAGCUAACUGAGCUACAGGAGAGCAAGAAAACUGUGGAGGAGCAAGUGGAAGUUCUGAAAUCACUGAAAGAUGCUGCUGAAAAGCCUGAAAAGGAAGCCAAAGAGAUCCACCAGAAAGCCUGGGAGGAACAAAAAGCCACUGAAAGAGCAGCAAGAGAUCAAGCCAAAGCAGAAGAGGCUUUUCGGGAGCUGGAUGAUGACCUAGAUGGAAUGGUGUCUAUUGCUGAACUUCAGACACACUCUGAGUUGGAUGUGGAUGGCGAUGGGAUCCUGUCAGAAACUGAAGCCCAGACCUUGCUGGACAACACCUUGCAGGUGGACGCAAGUCGUUUCCAGGAUACCGUGUGGUCAGCAAUCAAGGAGAAGUACAGAAUGGAGAGCUCGGCUGAUGAACAGCCUCCACCAACAGCCCCAGGAGAGGAAGAGUCAGAUAAUCAACCAGAUGCCCAGGUGGACCAGCUACCUCCUGAUGAGGACUAUGAUGAAGAGGAUGAUGAAGAGGAGGAAACUGAUGAAGAUAGCAUUGAUGAAGAAAUAAAGGUCCCCCCAGCCAAUCCAUCAAAUGAUGCUCAGGCAAUAGAAAAUGAAGUAGAGAAGAUGCCCCCUUAUGAUGAAGCUACACAAGCUCUAAUUGACGCUGCCCAAAAGGCAAGAGAACAAUUUGAAGAGGCAGAGAAGUCAAUGAAAGAAAUGGAGGAAUCUAUCAGGAACUUGGAGAAAGAGAUUACCUUUGAUUUUGGACCACAUGGAGAAUUUUCGUAUCUGUAUGGCCAGUGCUAUGAACUUGCCACUAAUGAAUACAUCUAUCGUCUCUGUCCCUUUGACAGAGUGUCUCAGAAACCCAAGCAUGGUAGCUCAGAGACCAGCCUUGGUACAUGGGGUUCCUGGACUGGCCCAGAUGAUAACAAGUUCAGCAUCAUGAAGUAUGAACAUGGGACAGGCUGCUGGCAGGGCCCCAACAGGUCCACCACGGUAAAGCUUUCAUGUGGCAAGGAAACAGUUGUCAUGUCCACAACAGAGCCCAGCCGCUGUGAGUACUUGAUGGAGUUUGUCACCCCAGCAGCCUGCCAUGAGCCAAAAGACCUCAGUCAUGAUGAACUCUGAGAGCUGAUGCACAAAAGAGCCAUUGCCCUGGACACAGAUCCUGCUCUACAUGAUUGCAAGACACAUUGCAGAAUUCUCCACACCUUUUGCCCCAAGGUCUGCCCCCCUGGACUUCUCACAUAGAACCCACUGAUUGUGCUGCUGUGCCUCAGUGGACUUUGGGGCUUUUAAGUACUUGUUUUCCAUGCCAAGUACUGGAAUUUGUGUCUGUCUUCUCCCAGCACUCAUCCGUGUGGUUUCAGGGAGCUAGCUGCCCUAAUCAUGCAUAACACAUAGGCCUGCACAUCUGUUUGGCCCUUUAUCUUGCCAGAGGAAGGCUUUCUCCACCCAUAACUAUUGCUUCUUUGUGGAGAAGGUGCAGUUCUUUUUCUGCCCUGAUGCAGAGACCUGCAGCUGUCUACCUGAAGCAUCUUCUCCUGCUGGCUUCUUUUGUUCUGAGCCAGAUUUCCACUCAGUCUGAGACUUUGCACAGGUGAAAGAAGAAAAUGGAAAAAGAGCCUGUGCCAAGCUUGCCUUCUGUACUGGCAAUCACAGCCUGGUUUUUUGGGUUUUUUAAAAUCUGCUGAUCGGUGUUGAUCUCUUACUGGGGGAAAAACAGACACAUUCCCUUCCAAUAAAGAAAUCUCUCUCCUA